AUGUCUGGGAAUCAUUUAAAAAUUGGCCAAAUAUUUAAUAGCAUUGAUGAAGUAAAUGAAAUGAUAAAAAAUUUACGAACAGUAUUGAACUGUGAAAUUAAAAAAGGUAAUUCUAAAAGACUUAAAGGUGUUGACGAGACAUUAAUUGAACGAUUACAAUAUGAGUAUAUAAAAUUCCAAUGCCCCAAAUCUGGUUUGCCAGAAAGUAGUGUAAAAGAUGAAGAUAGACAAAGACAAAGAGAAUCUGCAAGAACCAACUGUCCUUUUGAAGAACCUCCUAAGAAGAAAAUUAAAAGAAACAGAACAGAUGCUACUACGUUAUCUACUGAAAAAAUUGGUAAUAUUGAUAAUCUUCUUCCAAAAGGGCCUGAUCAUAUGGAUGAAUUAGCUGUUGUCACUGUUUCAGCCACUAAUAGUAUUAAUGAUGAAGAAUUCGACUCAAUAUUGCAUUCACUUAAAAAUAAACUGUUAUUAGAUGUUUUAAAUCGACGAAAAUACUUAAAAAAACUUGAAGAUUUACUAUUAUAUUUUAAAGAAAACGAUCGCUCAACUUUUGUUUUUGAAAAAGAAAAAAGUACCUUAGAGGCAUUCACAAAAUCUAGAAAAUUUAAAAACAAUAACAAAAAUUCUUCGGAAGAAAAUAUCGAAAAUAUCACUUUACAAAAAUCAGAGCAAGCGUUAUCGGAACGUACUGAUGUUUAUCAAGAAUCGCUGACUAAUAGCCACCCGAGUGAUUUAGAUACUGCAAAUUCUAACAAUGUUGCUGGUUCUAAUUUCAUGAAUACACACGCGAAUUCUGUGGUCAUUGAGAAAACGUUAGAUAUUAAUAAUGAUGUAGAUGAUAAGGAAAAUGCUUCAAAUCAUUCUGAUACCGAUAAUGCUGUUAAUAAUGAUGUUGAAAAGGAAAUAUUAAGCAAAUCAGCCGACGAUACAAAUAACCAAAUCGGGGAUAGUAUUGAGAAAGAAAAAAAAAUGAUAGUUUUCUCAAUAAACCAAUGCCUGUAG